AUGCAUGGCAGACAAGCAUCUCACCUCCCGGCAAGGCUACUUAAGGCUCUCCAAUCAAUAGGGGGUGAUACAAACCAUGGCAGAACUGUGCCUCUUAAUACCUCCAAAAUGAACCACACCAGCUGCAAUAUCACAGCCUCCGAAAGCUUUCCACUUGUACAGCUCUGUGUUUACAUCCCAGUUUUCCUUUCAGGCAGUGUGCUGAAUGCAUUGGCGCUGUGGGUGUUCUGCUGCAAACUCGGCAAGUGGACAGAAACUAGAGUGUAUAUGGCCAACUUAGCUUUGGCUGACUGUUUACUGCUCUUUACUUUGCCUUUUAAAAUACUCUCACAGUUCUAUCGACUGAAGGUAGACAGAUGGUGUUUAUUUCUGGAAGGUGCCUAUUUCAUCAACCGCUUAAUGAGCAUCAGUGUAGUUACUGUCGUAGCAGCUGACAGAUAUUUCACAAUCAAGUAUCCUUUGAAAGCCAAGAUGCUAAGGUCUCCACUGAAGGCAGCUCUUGCCUCUGGAUUUCUUUGGAUAGUCAUCAUCUGCAAGAUUUCCCUCAUUAAACAAUUAGAGGCCCGAGAGCAAGGUGAAUUUUGCUUUGAGAAGUCUUCCACUGUGCCCUCAGUGAUCACACUAUGUGCUAUUAUUGCAGGGUUCUUCAUACCACUUAUUAUCCUGAGUUUUUGCUCCAUAAAAGUCAUUGCAGAACUCAUGAGAAAGAAAAAUGAAAACCAUCACAAAGAAAAGUUAAUCAGGAAGGCCGCCUACAUUGUUUCCACAAAUAUGACUGUAUUCAUCCUAUGCUUUUUGCCUCUUUACCUUGGGCAUCUCCUUCGCUUUAUAAUGGACUCCACCAGCUCCAGCUGCUCCGCAAUACAAAGGGUUAACAAUUUUGUUCACCUCGCCUCAAUCCUUGCAAACACGAACUGCUGCCUGGAUGCUAUUUGUUAUUACUUUGUAAACAAGGAAUUUAAAGAAGCGUCUCCCAAGCUAGCAAAGGCCAGAUCUGAAGCCAGUGAAGCAGCUGAAAUUCAGCUGCCAUGCCUAACACACUAG